GUUUUCUUCUUCUUCUUCUUCUUCUUCCCCGGACUCGUCUCCUUCUGUCAGCUCGUCCGAUCGCUCAGACUAUUGCCUUGUAAUUUCAAACAGAUGGAUCAUCAAGAGCAGCGCGAUGGCAAGCUACCGAGCUCCGAAGAUGAUUCAGAGAGAACCCUGUAUCCGUACGUUACCGGGACCUCGGUGUUGGCAAUCAAGUACAAAGAUGGGAUUUUGAUGGUCGCUGAUAUGGGAGGUUCAUAUGGAUCCACCUUGCGGUACAAGAGUGUGGAACGGAUCAAGCCCAUAGGAAAACAUUCUCUUCUGGGUGCAAGUGGAGAACUAAGCGACUUUCAGGAAAUUCUACGUUAUCUAGAUGAACUCAUCCUUUAUGACAACAUGUGGGAUGAUGGGAACUCCUUGGGGCCUAAAGAGGUGUUUAACUAUCUGACAAGGGUGAUGUAUAACAGGCGCAAUAAGUUCAACCCCUUAUGGAACUCACUGGUCCUUGGUGGAGUGAAAAAUGGACAAAAAUACCUUGGCAUGGUUAGCAUGAUUGGUGUUCAUUUUGAGGACAAUCAUGUAGCCACUGGGUUUGGCAACCACCUCGCACGGCCUAUUUUUCGUGAGGAGUGGCAUGAAAACAUGAGCUUCGAAGAUGGUGUCAAGUUACUGGAGAAAUGCAUGAAAGUGCUGCUCUAUCGUGACAGAUCUGCAGUCAACAAGCUUCAGAUGGCAAAAAUUACUGAAGAAGGUGUGACUACAUAUAAGCCCUACUCCUUGAGGACUCACUGGGGAUAUUCAGCUUUCGAGAACCCGACGGUCGGUGCUGAAGGUUCAUGGUAAAGACCAUCCCUCUAGAAAUGCGGGUUUGCUAUUGUAGGAUCUUAAUGCAUGCCCUAGCAAAGAACUGCGAACAUUCUGUUGCCUGUUUUAUAUAGAACCUCUGACCUUUCUUCUUGUGUUGGUGUUAUUUUCUGAGGAAGAUCUAUUGGAACUGGAAUUGGAGUUGUUAAUGUUCGACGGGUGCUUUCCUUUUUGUUGGAAUCUCCUUAAAUUUGUUUUGAUUA